CAUUGAUUAAGUAUAUAAUGUAUUAAUGUAUAUUUAAUCAAUGUAUGAUGUUGACAUAGCUGAUAAAUUAUAGUCUGUGUAAUUAUAAAUCGAUUGGUAAAACACAUAGUUUGUAUGGUAAAUAUAAAUAAGAUAACAGAUUUCAUUUACUUGUUGUAAAGUGAGAAGACAAAUUGAGAAUAAGUGUUAAUGCCGAAGUUAAAGCUAACAUUUAUAUUUCUAAUAAAGUUAUUCUUACAUUUUAGUUUUUAUUAAAACUAUUAAAUGUUUUAUUAUUAACUUGUAGCUGGCAAAUUAUUCUAUCAAGUAUUAGAUUCACUUAUUGUAAAAUGUUUGAGUAUUAUUUUGUGACAUAAAUAUUUAAAUAAAAAAUUGUGCAUUAUGGUUAUUAAACUAUGAACUAUUUGGAUCUUGGAAACUGUGCUAUUACUUUGUAUCUUACAUUAUACAAAGUCUUAUGUAGUAGCCAGUUUCUAUCAUUUGUAUUCCUAGGGUUAUGGUAGAUUAAAAGAUUUUGUCAGGUUGUUCACAAACCAGACAUUUUUUAAUAUAUCAAUGCGGCCCACAACUGAGGACAAUAUGAACUCGUUAGCACCACAACAAUAUUGUUUACGGUGGAAGUAUCAUCACUCAAAUUUACAAGCAAUGUUUUCCCAACUUUUAGAACGGGAAAGUUAUUGUGAUGUUACAUUGGCUUGUGAGGGAAAAACUCUUAGAGCCCAUAAGGUUAUGCUUUCUGCCUGUAGUACUUACUUCGAUACUAUUUUGUCACAGCAUGAUGAGAAUAAAGCUAUAGUUAUUCUCAAAGAUGUUAAGUUCUCUGAUAUUCAAGCUCUAGUCAGUUUUAUGUACAAAGGAGAAAUUAAUGUUGAAAAUACUGAGCUUUCUUCUUUGUUAAAAACUGCAGAAGAACUUAAGAUUAAAGGCUUGGCUGAAGUAUCAUGGAGAUCAGAUCAAGAACAGCAAAAUCAAAGUUUUAAUGUAACUUCUGAUGAGUCAAAUAUUAGCAAGAAGAGAAAAUUAGAUUCAACGCUUGCUACUACUGCUAAUAUAAAAAAAGAAUUUACAGAUAAACAACAAGAAAAUGAUGAUGAUAUGGAUGGAGCAGAUGUUGAAGAUGAGUCUGAACCUGACCAGUCCAUUUGGGAACCAGAAAUGCAACAUGUUGUCGAUACUGAUAACGUAGAGCUUCCUAAACCAACAACUGGUACAGUAAAUGUAACAACUUUUUCAUCCGAAGAAGAAAGAGCAAGUAGUGUCACCAAUGUUAGCCAAGGAUUCAGUGAACAACCAGCGCAUGUUCCGGAUUUAAGCCAAUUUUCUGAUGUAAUGAAAAUGAAUGACUAUCUAGAAUCAGGUGGGCGCCGUCCACAAUUUUGGGAAGAACCUUUUACCAAAAGACUUAUGGAAGCAAUUAAAAAUAAAGAACUAGAAAUGAAAGUUGCUGCAGAGUUAAUGGGAGUAUCUUAUGGAACCCUUUACGGUAGAUAUCGAGAUGCUUAUGGCUGCUUAAAACAUCCGUACAGAGUUCGAGAUUUUUGGUUGGAACAAGGUCCAGCCGAUGUAUUGGCUAAAUUGCAAAGAAAAGAAUUAACUCUAUUCCGAGCAGCAGAAAUAUUAAAUGUCACUGUAACCACAUUGGCUAACUACUUGUCAACAAUGAGACAAGGAGAUAAUUCACUUACUGUAGCCACUGCUACUGUUAGUGCUACUGACAAAUCAACAUUUAGAGUAGAUGUUUUGUCUGAAAGUGAUAGAGAAGAAGGUUCUGAUGAAGAUGAUGAAGACAAUGAUGAAAUUGAAAAUAUUAUAACAAGUAGUACUACUCAAUCUCAACAAAAUAAACCAGACAUCACAUUUGUUACAGCACCAGGUUCAAUAUCUAAAGUGAAUAAUCUAAACGGUAACUAGCACUAUACCUAAAUUAAUUAUUGGUUAGGAAGUAGUAAUCCUUAAACUUGUUCUAAAUUAUAAUUAUAACGGCGGUUCUAUUGACAAUUAUUUUUCUCUAUUUUUGUUUUUGUUUUGUUUUGUUU